CAAAAACAAUGCAAGCUAAAACAACAGCAACAACAACAACAACAAUGAUGAUGAUGAUGAUGAAAAGACCAAUAAAAUGGUCAGAUUUUUCACUAUCAGCUGAUACUUUGGUAAAAAUUUCGAAAAAAAUUCACAUUCAAAUUGAUGAUGAUAAAAAAUGUCAAAAUAAAUACUGUACUUCAAAUGAACAAUCACAACAACAACAACAACAAGAAUAUCAAGAUGAAACAACGUGGUUGAAAAAGUUUUUGAUGAAAAUGAAGAAUAUUGGUUGUCAAUCGUCGUCGUCGUUGUCGACAAUUGAAGAUGAACAACAGCAACAAUUUUUUCUUUGUAAAACUCUCUACAGAUGGCUUCAUGAUGAUCAACCAUUAUGUGGUGAUGGUGUUGAUGAUAAUGAUGAUGCCAUCAUCAAAUCAACAUUAAAUCAUCACGGUACAUUAUAUAAGUUUGAAUAUCACAUCAUCUACAAUGUUAAUUAUCAGGCACCUGUCCUCUAUUUUCACAUCUGUGAUCAAGAUGGCAGAUCCGUUUCAUUAGAAUGGCUAUGGAAUCGUUUGCCAAGUUUUCAUUCAAAUCUAUCCAAUGAUCAUCAUCAUCAUCAUGAUCAUCAUCAUUUUGGUGAUAAUAAACAACAGAAGAAACUGAAAAACAACAUUAACAAUGAUGAAAUUUAUCAAUUAUUUGGCAAUAUAAUCACACAGAUUAAUCAUCCAUUAUUUGGCCAUGUAGUAUUCAUGAUACAUCCAUGUCAAACAACAUCAUUGAUGGGUCAAGUACUUAGCUGUAAACAUUGUAUUUAUGGCGAUAAAUCACAAUCGAUAGAUCACAAUCCUCAAAAACAAUCAUCGUCAUCGAAUGGUGGUGAUCAACAAUGUACAUAUUUAAUCACUUGGCUUAGUUCAUUAGCAUCAUAUAUUGGUUUACCUAUGUCAUUAAAUUAUGGUAAAAUAUGAUUUGUGAUGAUUUUCAGCAACAACAACAACAACAACAAAAAAAAUCAAUUGAUCCGAUCAUCAUUUGUUUGUUUUGUAUUUAAAUACCGGUAAUAUCGUAAAAAAAUAGGUAAUUAGGAUUAUUUGUAUAACGCGUGUGGAAAACUAAUCGUUUUUCUUAUCUGAUUUGAUGUCCUUGUUUUUUUUCAAGUGGAUUAUAGCGAUAAACUAAGUUAACUGUUAAACAUCCAUGUAUAUUAUCAUCAUUUUUUAAAUGAUUAAAAUCCAAUUUUUUUCAAAUAAA